AAGUGGCGUCUGUUUGUUUUCCUGUUUAUUUCGGUUGUGCAGACGGUGUGAGUUGGUGGCAAUUUUUUACCCUUUUACUUUUUUAAAUUAAGGGAUAAUAAUGGAUUUUUUAAAAUUUUAUUCACAUUACAUGUCACCAUGAUUGGUACCUAAAUUUUGUCCUAGACAAGUCAAGUCUAGUAGCUUUUGUGUACCACGAAUAGUUUAAUGGCGGCGCUUGUGUGAUUUUCAUCUAAGUUUUCUGCAGUUAAUGACGAGGCAUCUUUACUUGUGAACAUGUAUCUAUACAAUCUAACUUUGCAAAGGGCUACGGCAAUUACCCAUGCCGUUCACGGUAACUUUUCGGGCACAAAACAACAAGAGAUCAUUAUUUCACGAGGCAAAAGCAUAGAAUUGCUGAGGCCGGAUCCGAACACGGGAAAGGUACACACGUUACUAACGGUGGAAAUAUUCGGCAUCGUAAGAUCGUUGAUGGGAUUUCGUCUGACCGGCGGUACCAAAGAUUACAUUGUGGUCGGUUCGGAUUCCGGUCGAAUCGUUAUACUAGAGUAUAUUGUCGCUAAAAAUGCGUUUGAAAAGAUACAUCAAGAAACCUUUGGUAAAUCGGGUUGUCGGCGAAUCGUCCCCGGACAAUACUUGGCCAUAGAUCCCAAGGGAAGAGCCGUAAUGAUAGGCGCAAUUGAGAAGCAGAAACUUGUUUAUAUUCUGAAUCGUGAUCCGGAAGCUCGUCUCACCAUCUCGUCACCUUUAGAGGCGCACAAGAGCAAUACGUUAGUAUAUCACAUGGUCGGUGUUGAUGUCGGUUACGAAAACCCAAUGUUUGCUUGUUUAGAGAUCGAUUACGAGGAGGCGGAUUCCGAUCCGACCGGCGAGGCGGCGCAGAAAACACAGCAAACGCUAACCUUCUACGAACUUGACUUGGGUGUGAACCACGUGGUACGCAAAUAUUCUGAACCGUUAGAGGAGCACGCGAAUUUUCUUGUUUCGGUGCCCGGCGGUAAUGACGGUCCCUCCGGUGUAUUGAUCUGUUCCGAAAAUUAUUUGACAUACAAAAACUUGGGUGACCAGCAUGAUAUUCGUUGCCCCAUACCGAGGCGGAGGAAUGAUUUGGACGACCCCGAAAGGGGGAUGAUCUUCGUUUGUUCUGCCACUCACAAGACGAAGUCGAUGUUCUUCUUUUUGGCGCAGACUGAGCAGGGAGACAUAUUUAAGAUUACUUUGGAGACUGAUGAGGAUGUUGUCACAGAAAUUAAGUUGAAGUACUUCGACACUGUACCAGUGGCGACUGCGAUGUGCGUGUUGAAGACUGGAUUUUUAUUCGUCGCGUCGGAGUUCGGAAAUCACUUUCUGUACCAAAUAGCACAUUUGGGUGACGACGACGACGAGUUGGAGUUCAGUUCGGCCAUGCCGCUGGAAGAGGGCGACACGUUCUUCUUCGCACCUCGUCCCCUGAGAAAUUUAGUCCUUGUGGAUGAAAUGGAAUCGCUAUCUCCAAUAUUGUCGUGCAGGGUUGCUGAUUUGGCCGGCGAGGACACUCCACAGUUGUACAUGCUGUGCGGGCGCGGUCCCAGAUCGUCGCUUAGAGUUCUACGGCACGGUCUUGAGGUCUCGGAAAUGGCGGUUUCGGAACUGCCCGGAAAUCCGAACGCGGUCUGGACAGUAAAACGUAGAAGCGAUGAUGAAUUUGAUGCUUACAUUAUUGUGUCUUUCGUCAAUGCUACCCUUGUGUUGUCGAUUGGGGAGACUGUUGAAGAAGUUACGGACAGUGGUUUUUUGGGUACCACUCCUACGCUAUCCUGUGCUGCUUUAAGCGACGAUGCACUAGUACAGGUUUAUCCUGAUGGAAUUCGACACAUUUGCUCCGAUAAGCGGGUCAAUGAGUGGAAGGCACCUGGAAAAAAGACCAUUGUUAAAUGCGCGGUGAACCAGAGGCAGGUGGUCAUAGCGUUAUCGGGAGGAGAGUUGGUGUAUUUCGAAAUGGAUCCGACGGGUCAGUUGCACGAAUACAAAGACCGUAAGCGGAUGAAUUCAGAUGUAGUCUGUAUGGCAUUAGCAAAUGUGGCACCUGGAGAGCAACGUUCUUGGUUUCUCGCAGUCGGCUUGGCAGAUAACACUGUCAGAAUUAUAUCGUUAGAUCCAACCGAUUGUCUAUCGCCCCGCUCUAUGCAGGCACUACCCGUGUGUCCGGAAUCACUUUGUAUUGUCGAAAUGGGUUGUACAGAACGUAACCCUGAAGAUGCUGCAGCUGCUAGCACCACAAGUACCUUGUAUUUAAACAUUGGUUUACAAAAUGGUGCUCUCCUCAGGACUGUAUUGGAUCCUGUUUCGGGUGAUUUGACCGAUACCAGAACAAGAUAUCUUGGCUCGCGACCCGUCAAGCUAUUCCGCAUAAGAAUGCAAGACUCGGAAGCAGUAUUGGCUAUGAGCAGUCGUUCGUGGCUAAGUUACUACUAUCAAAGCCGUUUCUAUUUAACACCCUUGUCAUAUGAAAGUUUAGAGUACGCGUCCGGUUUCAGUUCCGAGCAAUGUCCCGAGGGUAUUGUUGCAAUUUCCACUAACACUCUUCGUAUUUUGGCCUUGGAAAAAUUGGGCGCAGUUUUCAAUCAGAUUUCGUUUCCCCUUGAGUAUACGCCACGAAAAUUUGUUAUCCAUCCAGAGACGUCCAAUAUUAUUAUGCUAGAGACGGAACAUAAUGCCUACACUGAGGAUACAAAAAAGCAGCGCCGUUUGCAGAUGGCGGAAGAAAUGCGCGAGGCGGCAGGUGAAGAAGAACAAGAGUUGGCAAAGGAAAUGGCGGAAGCUUUUUUAAAUGAGGACUUGCCGGAAAAUAUCUUCUCUGCGCCGAAAGCGGGACACGGAAUGUGGGCUUCUACAAUGAGAAUAAUGGAUCCGGUACAAGGGACUACAUUUAAAAUGAAAAGAUUCGAACAAAAUGAAGCUGCAAUGUGUAUAUCUUUGGUCAAGUUUAACGGACAACCUGAACACCAGUGGUUUUUGAUAGUCGGCGUCGCCAAGGAUUUACAGCUCAAUCCUAGGUUAUGUAUUUCGGGAUAUAUAGAUACCUAUAAAGUGGAGAUGUCUUGUCGCGAGUUAGAACUAAUACAUCGUACACCAGUUGAAGAAGUUCCUUAUGCCGUUUGUUCGUAUAAUGGUCGGUUGUUGGCCGGGGUCGGUCGAUUGUUGAGGUUAUACGAUUAUGGAAAAAAGAAGUUAUUGCGCAAAUGUGAGAAUAAGCACAUUCCAAAUCUCAUCGUCAAUAUUCAGGCGAUGGGUCGGCGAAUUUUUGUCGCCGAUGUUCAAGAAUCUAUCUACAUGGUUCGUUACAAAAAGCACGAAAAUCAGCUGAUCAUAUUCGCGGAUGACACACAUCCACGUUGGAUAACCUGCACCUCAGUCCUUGACUAUGACACCGUCGCAACGGCGGACAAGUUUGGUAACAUUGGCAUUGUACGACUUCCCCCCAACACAACAGAUGAUGUGGACGAGGAUCCAACGGGAAACAAAAGCUUGUGGGAUCGAGGUCUCUUAAAUGGAGCAUCUCAAAAGGCUGAUACAAUAGCAACAUUCCAUGUGGGCGAAACUGUCACUUGGUUACAGAAGGCUACCUUGAUUCCUGGUGGCUGGGAAUCUCUAAUUUACACGACCGUUUCCGGCUCCGUCGGCGUUUUGGUACCAUUUACUUCCCACGAAGAUCACGACUUCUUUCAGCAUCUUGAGAUGCACAUGCGCAGUGAGAAUUCACCGUUGUGUGGGCGGGAUCACUUGUCAUUUAGAAGCUAUUAUUAUCCAGUGAAGAACGUAAUUGAUGGAGACUUAUGUGAACAAUAUAAUUCACUUGAACCAAGCAAGCAAAAAAGUAUUGCUAUCGAUCUUGAACGUACACCUGCAGAAGUUUCCAAGAAACUUGAGGACAUUCGAACUCGAUAUGCGUUUUAAGUGUUACUGCUUAUAAUAAUUUUUUUGUUUAAAAUAAUGUUUAGAUAUAGUUUGUAUGUGUGAAGUAUGAUGUACAUAUUUAUUUAAAAAAAAUGCAUAGUAUUUUUCUUUUGUAA